UCGCUGCCAAAGAGAAGUGUUUCCGGUCGACAACUAAAAAGAAGCGGAAGCUAUCAACAAUGGAUCUGAUUGCCUAUUUGAUCUUUGCUAUUCUCUGUUCCGUUGCUGGAUAUUUCGCGGGCAGCUACAUGCGCAAAUUGCAAAAGAAGAGUGCGGCGAAGAAGUCCAAGACAAAGGCGGGCAAAUCGCAAUCGGCGGAGACGGCACACAGUGGAAAGAAGAGAAGAUAG